ACGCACCACUUUCAGUCCAUACCAAACCAAUGAUGUUUCAGCCAUUUUUACUGCUUUUCUCUUUCACCCUUUUUUCCUUGUUUAUCACCACACUCUCCCUUGGAACAACAAGCUCCACCUGGAGAGUACCCAAGGACAUAAUCGAGCAAACCUGCGAAAUAUGUGCGAACCAAUCUAUCAUCUUGAGCUACGGCCUAUGCUCAAGUUCUCUUCCGGUAGUUCCGGUGAGUCACUCCGCAAAUCUUGAAGGGUUGGCGUUGGUUGCAAUGGAGCUAGCACUGGAGAAUGCGAGUAGCACGUUGGCAACAAUAGAGAAGCUAUUGGAUAGCACAAGCGUUGGUAGCUUUGCUUUGGGGGCCUUAACAGAUUGCUUGGAACUUUACUCAGAUGCAGCAUGGACAAUAGUGAACUCGGUCGGGGUUUUCUUGUCGGGGAAUUAUGAUGUAACUAGGAUGUGGAUGAGUUCAGUUAUGGAAGCAGCAUCGACGUGCCAGCAAGGUUUUACAGAGAGAGGUGAAGUUUCUCCUCUGACACAGGAGAAUUAUAAUCUCUUUCAGUUAUGUGGGAUUGCGCUUUGCAUUAUCCAUUUGGCAAACCCUAUGCAGAUUCUAAAUUGAUCCAUACGUAUCGUGUGUUCCUCUUUAUAAUACGAGACACAUUAUAUUAGUAUCUCAAAAUGAAUGGACAACAAGAGUGUCCAGUAUUGUAUCUUAAUAGCUAAAGGAAGAAGACAGAGGUUUAUCUAUGCUGUUUUUUUUAUUUAUUAUUAUUUUAGUUUUUAGUACAAUUUUUUCUUUUAGCAGCGCGACUUUUUAGAAA